AAAGCAAGAAGAAGAACCAAAACAACAUUUUACUGAACUGAACAUAAACAAAUUAAAAACCAUAAAAUAUGACUGACUUUGGAGGAGAUUCGGGUGGCCGGCUAAAAGGCGUGACCAUAGUCAAGCCCAUAGUGUACGGGAACAUAGCUCGAUCCUUCGGAAAGAAGCGCGAGGAGGACGGACACACGCACCAGUGGAAGGUCUAUUUGAAGCCCUACUUUAACGAGGAUAUGUCCAUUUAUGUGAAAAAGGUGCAUUUCAAGCUGCACGAGAGCUACGCCAAUCCCAACAGGAUCGUGGUUAAGCCGCCCUACGAGAUCACGGAGACCGGAUGGGGAGAAUUUGAGGUGGUCAUCAAGAUAUACUUCAAUGAUCAGUCGGAGCGCCCGGUUACAUGCUACCACAUCCUGAAGCUUUUCCAGUCACCAGUCGUCGAUGGUGAACUAACCUCUAGCACCACCAUGGACACCAAGAAGGGUUUGGUCUCCGAGUCAUACGAGGAGAUCGUGUUCCAAGAACCCACCCAGGUCAUGCAGCAUUACCUCUUGCUCUCGGAACAGAGUGCCAAUGGACUUCUUAGCCACGACACUGACUUUGAGGAAAAGAAGACGAAAACGCUGGACAACAUUGUCAACGUUAAACAAAAGGUCAAGGGGGAGAUUGUUACCCUUAAGGACAAACUUAAGCUGGCACGUGAAACCAUAUCAAAAUUCAAAGCGGAAUUGGCCAAGGUGCAAAAACAACCUGCGUAGUAUUAGCAGAACUUCUCUGCUUAAAUGCUUGUAGUGCACUCAGUUUUAAGUACCUAUUUUUAAUGAUUAAAAAGAGGAUUUAUCAAUCUGUAA